AUGAUAGGAAAUGAAUUAUGUAAAUCAAACAAUGUUCAUCUAUAUAACGGAAAUAAUUAUAAACCUUUUAAGUGUGAAAAAGAAAAUUUAUAUCAGUAUAUAUACUUAAAUGAUAAUGAGAAUUAUAACAAGGGUAAUAACAACAAUAAUAAUAAUGUUCAUAUUAUUAAUGAAUUUAGUAAUAAUGAUAACAACAAUAACAGUUAUGUACUUAUUAGUAAUGAAAACAUAAUUAAUGAUUAUAAUAAUAUUAGUAGCAUUAAUAAAAAUAGAAAUAUUUAUGACAAUAAUAAUAAUAGCAAUAAUAAUAACACUGAUAAAAAUGGUAAAAAUUAUGAUAGCAAUGAUAAUAAUAGAAUUGAUAAUAUUUAUAAUAACAAUUAUGAAAGUAUUAGUAAUAAUGACAUGAUGUGUAAUAAUUUUAGGGAUAUCAAUAAUGAUAACAAUAAUAAUAGUAUCAAUAAUGAAUAUAAUAAUUGCGAUAUGAAUAUUCAUAAAAACAAUAGUAUAAAUAAUGCAAAUAAUAAUAAUGACAUUAAUAAUGAGAAUAAUAAUAAUAAUAAUGAUAUUAAUAGAGAGAAUAAUUAUAACAAUGAUGAGAAUAAUGAUAAUGAUAUGAAUUAUGAAAAUAAUAAUAAUGAUAUAAAUAAUGAGGAUAAGAAUAAUAAUAACUAUGAGAAUAAUAUUAAUGAUAUUAAUAGAGAGAAUAAUUAUAACAAUGAUGAGAAUAAUGAUAAUAAUAUGAAUAAUGAAAAUAACAAUAACGAUGUAAAUAAUGAGGAUAAUAAUAAUAAUAAUAUUUAUAGGGAUAAUAGAAAAAAUAAUGACUAUAUCAAUAGUGAUAGUAUUAUUGAUAAUAUUAGUAGUAAUAAUAAUAGCAAUAGCAAAAAUGAUAAAGAUAAUAUUAAUGACAUUGAUGAAAAUGAAAUUAACCAUAAGUUAAAAAAAUCUUGUUCAAUAAAUUAUUUUUUAAGUGAAAACACAACAGAACUCUUUCCUUACAAAAACAAUAAUGACUGUGAUUGGAUAAAAAAUAAAAACGAAAUUAAGGUUCCAUAUGAUAAAAGAUUACAAUUAUCUGUAUCUCUAAAAGAAAGUAACGAUGAUAUAAAAAAUUUAAAGAACGAGAACAUUUCUACAAAAAAUUUUAAUAAAAUUAACAAGGUUGUAGGAUAUAACAAUUUAAAGAAAAUUAAUAGCUAUUUGUACCCAAAACGCUAUAUGCAAAAAUUGGAAAAAAUAAAAGUGGAAAAAAAAUCUAAGAUUGAAGAAGAAGAAAAAAAAUUAAAAACUACACAAUUUUUAAAAAAUAAAAAUGUUUCUAUAUUUUGUGAAAAUGAUAAAAAAAGAGAAGAAUAUAUAAAAAAAACUGUUACAAAAAAAAACUAUUAUUUUAGUAAAGGAUUUAAUAAAAUAUUCUCAUCCUUGAGAAAUAAUAAUACAAAAAAAAUAGAGAAUGGAUUGAAUAAAAAAAAAAACAUAUUAGAUACACUCUCUUUAGAACGCAUUUCUGUAAUUCCCGAAAAAAUGAAAGAUGAAAAAGACAUAAAAGAAUUAAUAAUAGAAGAUAAUAAUAACAAAAUAAAUCAAAAAAUUCAAGUUUAUUGUAAAAAAGAUGAUAACAUACAAGAUAAUAUAAUUUCAAAAUAUACUGAUGGUAUAGAAAAAUAUAAUGAAGAGACAUGUGUAAAAGAUUCCAGUGUAUCAAGUUCUAAUUAUUCUUUUAAAAUAAAAACCAAUAUUAAGUAUAAUAAAAAUGAUGAUUUAUUAGAGAAUAAACGAGAAAAUAGUGAAAAUGUAUCCUUUCUUAAAAUAAAUGAACUUUUUAAAGAUUCAAAUUUUCCAGUGUCAAUCUUAAGUAAAGAACAAAUUGUUGACGGAAAAAAAGAAUUAUCACAUAAAAAUGAAUGCAAAAUUUUUGCAUCUAAUUUUAGUCUUUCAAGCGAUGGAAAAAAAAAAGAAUACAAAUCUAUAGACUAUAAUUUACCUAAAGAUAAAAGCAUGCCUAAUACACUGUUAGGAACAAAAACAAUUCUAAGGAGCAAAUGUGAAAAUAUUAAAAAUAAAAACCGAACAAUAGAUAAAAAUGAAAAAAUAGAUAAAUAUACAAUUCAUAUUUCAAACUUAUUUUCUCACUCAAAAGAUGAAUUUGCAGAAUAUAUGUUGGAAAAUAUAGACUGUAAUAUCAAAAAAAAUGAUAAUGAAAACAUAAUAUCAAAAAAUAAGAAAAAAAGUUCUGAAGAAUCAAGAAAAGUAAAUUUAGAUACAUCGUCAGAAAAAAAAAUAUUAAUAAAUUUAAAAGACCCCAAAGAAAAUUUAAAAUAUAAAGAAGUGUAUUAUUCUGUCGCAUCUUCGUUAAAUAUUCCAAAAAAUAUGAAGAAAAAUAAUUAUUGUAUUAAAAAUAUGAAUAUUAUGAGACACAAUGAAAUAGGAUAUAAGGAUUAUCCAAAUUAUAAUAGAAGAAAAACAUUUUUCUGUCCUGUGAAUGUGGAUACACAUAAAUGUGUUAGAAACCCAAAUUUAAUAAAUAAAUUAUCAAGAAAAAAAAAAAUGAAUAGUAUAAAUGAUAAAAUGAAAAGCAAUAUCCUCUUAAAAUUACAUUUGAAUUUAAAAGAUAAAUCCUCUGGAAGAAACUUCGAUAAUUCUAUAAAAAGAACACCAAAUGCUCUAUUUUAUGAUUCUACGCCAAUGAACCAUAAAUCAUUUGGAGGGUUAUUAUCAGAAAAGAUUGAAAAUUUCAGUUUGCAUCUGCCAAAUUCUAUAAAUAAGUCUAGGAAGUUACAUACAGAUUACACACUCCUGAGAGAACAAAUAAAUUAUGAUAGAAAAAAAGUAAUCAAUGCAAAUAAUAAAGAAUUGAUGGGAAAAUCAAAAUGUUUUGAUAGAACAGUGUUUACCAAUAAUAGUAGUACUUUGUUAAAUGAAUCUACUAAUUUAAAAUUUCAUCCUAAAUAUGAACUUAUUUAUAAAACUCCACAUAAUACCAGGAAUAGUUUUUAUAUGAGAAAUAGUCCAAUGAAAACAUUAAAAUAA